AUGCGAGACCGAAAUCUCGUGGGUGAACCAGUUGUCGCGGCGACGAAGAAGAAAAAGAAGAAAAAGAGACACCUGGAGUCGGGUCGAUACAAACGGAGCCCGAGCUGGUUCCGGAUAAAGGUGAGAGCAGGUGUUUUACUAAGGAGGAACGAUAAUAGGAGGUUGGAUGUAGAUCAGAAGGAGGAGGAAGAAGAAGAGGCGGAGGAGGGGUCGAGGAAUUUUGGAGUGGAUAGCGAGACAAGAUCGGCCUAUAACCAGCUGGACUGGACGGCCUCGCGAGUUUUCGUUGUAAGGCCGGGAGUUGUGGGGGUCACCACGGGGGCGGGGGUGGGUUUGCCCCUGCUUCUUCUGGUCGUCGGUGUUCUUGGUAAUCAAGCGUGCACGACGACGGCUGCACCGGUGGUUUCCGAUCCGCACGUGUCCCUCGAUGCUACGCCUCCUCGUCUUCUGCCUCGAUCAACGGACCGUUCAUCGUCGUCGUCGUCAUCAUCAUCGAUAUUGUCAUCAUCGUCGUUCCCGUCUUCCUUUCGAAGAGCCAUUUACAAGGGUCGAUUUUCCAAUCACCAUCCGGAGAACCCAACCUACGAGAGCGCCUCGAAGGGAGAACUGGAUUAUCACGAGGUAUCGUUGCUACCGGGCGAACGAGAAGACCCGAACGGUCUCGACGGGGAUCGGUUGCUCUCUGCCUGGGAACGAACGAGAAUCGAUACCAUCGGAAAGAAGGAUCCUUCUUCCCCUGUAGUAGCAGGCGGAAGAGGAGGCGAAGAAAGUGAAGGAGGCGGAAAAGAAGGAAGAGGAGGAGGAGGUCUGGCUCACGAGAGGACCAAGUCGAGACGGCGACAGGUCGCCGCAGUGAGCCUGCUCGAUGAUCGAGGAUCAUCCUCUUUAAGCCCCGUCGAACCAUACCAAUUGGCUACGAGAUUUUUUCGUCCUCGUAACACGGAACCAUCUUCGAUUCAUAUCGACGGAGUCGAACCAGAAAUUCGUCGAGGCGGUAUUAUCUUUACCGCGAGCGAAACAACUGGCAGUGACUCAACGUUAUCAUCGUUGGCUUUCGAGGACGCUGUCGGUGAUACCUUAUCGAACGAAAAUCGUUCGACGACCACGGGAACAACAACAACAACGACAACGACGACGACGACGACGACGACGACAACGACGACGACGACGACGACGACGACGACGACGAAGACGACUACGAAGACGACGACGUUAACAAGAAGAACAGCAAAAACGGCGACUACGGUAACUACGGUACUACCAGUCCCUUGGACUAACACGUCGUUUCGUUUGGUUCAUCGAACUGUGCCUAGAUUAUCGGACGACGAAAGUGUAAAUUCGGGUAAAUCCGCUGGUAGACGCAACAGGAAGGCUAAAGACGAAGAAAAAGUGGUAGAGGUAGAUAUCUCGUCUCGUAAAGACGACAGGGAUAGGUUCGCGUUCGCGGGGGACCGUAGUAGUGGUGAGGUCAAAGGUGGUGGUGGUGGUGUCGUCGAGUGGACCACAACAGUCGCCAGGCCGAUGUCAGCGUGGUCGUAUCCUGAAGAUGAGGAGCCGGGAGCUGGAAACGUAAGGACACGCUCGAGGCCGAAAGAGGCGGCGAGCGAGGACAAGGAGGCCGAGAGUGGCGAAGAACAGGUCAAGGUCACGGUAACAGAAGCCAAAGGCUCAUCGUCUACGUCGACUACGGCAAGGACCACGAACACGUCGCCGACGACCACACAGUUACCACCACCGAGUCAAGAUACCUCUAUGGAAGCACUGAACGCGAGUAGCUACAUACUGUCAGUGGUGCUCGUCUUGAUAGUCGGGGCACUGGUGGGUGUCCUGGCGACGGUAUCUCAUCAUCUUCAUCAUCGUCGACUGCUACUGCACGAGCCAGCCUCCGCCUCGAUCUUGCAUCACCAUCGGCAACAUCAUCACCGCCAUCACCAUCAUCAUCGUGAGGAACUCCCAGCGUCGCAUCAACGACGUCUCCUGCUGCAGGACCACCACCGUCACCCUGGCACACCGAUGCUGUCGGUGAGCCCAGGAAUGGAGGUAGGCAACAGCGGUCAUGGUGGCCUCGGCGAUAGACUAGAGGGUGAGCCAAACUGUGGUAGUGACGUGAUGGACGGAGGCGGCGGCGGCGGCGGAGCCACUGACGGGAUACAGGAAGCGAUGGUGGCCGCAGCGAGAGACCGGGCGAUCCGAUCUGGAAGUGUUCGGCAGGACCUCGCCCUCGAUCUACCCCCGCGGCUGCAACUUCCAGAUGGCGAGGAACGUCCUUACGGAGCACAUACCGCCCUUCACCUACGCGACCCGGAGCAGGAGAGCGAGAUUUACCAGAAGUGUGUGCGACCACCACCAAACCGGACGGUGUUCGACAGCGAGAGCCCUCCGCCUUACCGAAGCCAGUCCGCGUUGCUGGACGCGCCGGAUCGUAUAGUCCGGUGCCACAGCGCCGGCAGUUCCUUGUUGAGGGUGUUCCGGAAGUUCCCUAGUCCUGGGAGCUCGACGCCUGCCGUAGUGGUGCCGCCGCCGCCCAGACGACCUACCUUGUCCAGUUAUUCCGAAUCUAGUAGCAACUUGAGCAACCUGUCCAGCCUAACGAUGGUUCCCUGCGAGACCGACGAGAGUCAGCAACAAGAACAACAACAACAGCAGAAACCGCGCGUCUGAUCCGAGGCACGGCCAAGAAGAAGAGCGCUUGAGGUCACGCAGCAAACAAGCCCAACGACGUCGAAUAGCAGCGAAUUCCUCGAGGUCGACGGACGACGAAGGAUCUCGUGGAAGAGGCGACGAGCCAUUCCAAAAAUCGUGGCGGGACAACGAGAAGAAAAGACAGAGGAACGGGUCGACGACACACGGCACAAGGACGCUGCUGUUGCCUCUGAUACUGCCAGCAAGGUUGUCGUACUUGUUCUGCCCUCCUCGAGAAUUCUCCACCCGUCGAGGAUCCCUCAAGACUGACUCGCAGGAGAAACGUUCGUACGGGUUCGGCCAGCUGACGAAUACGUCUACCACGUUGUUACUACGGUCGUGGAUCGGCUGCGCGGAGAAUCUCGCCGACAGAUAAAAAACGCUACCACCUGAGAGAGGAGAAGAGAAGAUGAAGAGAAGAAUUUCAUACAACGAUCCUCCUCCUGUAACAUCCUACUUGUACCACCGCCGCAGCUGUAGAUCCUCCUUUGGACCGCGCAGCUUUGGAUGAUCCUUCAGCUUGGUUUUUUUUUUUUUUUUUUUUUUUUUUUUUGGAACAGCGUCCUCGCCCGGGGGCUGACGAAGAUGAAGAGAGAGAAAGAAGGAGGGAGGAAGAGUGCUGCUUUCGUGGGUCUGUUCCCUUCGGUGCUUCCGGUGCUCGAUACCUUGCGAUACAUCGGCCAGUCUCUAGCCUAGAUCUCAGACGAUUCCAAAGUUAUUUAGAGACAAGGUUAGUUUAUUAACGCAGCUAAUGAGAUUGGAUUAGGGUGAAUUGAGGGUGGGCCGUUGAGGCACCAAACGAAUCGGAUCGAAAACGAAUCAGUCGAAGCGUGUACGAAAGCGAGAAACGGACAAGAAUGGAAAUAAAGAGGGACGAUAGAAAAAAAGAAGAGAGAAGAAAAAUACUAAAAUAGCGAGGCCUAUGAAGAAUUUAAGAGAGAAUAGACGCAAAGGUACGAUCCGUAAAGCAGCACCAGCCACGAGUAACGCAGAGAGUGACAUAUUUUGUUCCUGGGGGGAAAACACGAGACACCAUGAAGCAAUGUACGUGAUAGGAAGCUGGCCAUGGGAAAAUACACGAUGUAGCAAUUAGAAGCCGACAGAGUUUGCUGCCCGUUUGCUGCCGACCCAAGACGCGAUACCACAGACCAACGGGACGAUAUUUCUCAUCAUCGAGUUUCGUUUCGCUGCGAAAAAGACUUAGUAAAUUAUUUAUUGGCGAUAAUUCGCGAUGGAGCGUGUCUUUGUAGAGAGAGAGAGAGAGAGAGAGAGAGAGAGAGAGAGAGAGAGAGGCACACGACGAAGCGGAGAAAACGUGGAGAAGCGGACAACGCUGCGACACACGCUAGAAUAAAAUGAAUGUAUCCGCGCGUGAAUGAUUCGCGUCAAUUGUUUGCGUUUCUGUGUAUGUAUGUAUGUAUGUAUGUAUGUACGUACGUAUGAAUGUAUGUAUGUAUGAUGUGCGUGUGUAUGCGUGUAUGCGCGCGCGUCCGUGCGUGGAAAUACGUGGAGCACGUAUCCGUGUGAAAAACGGGUCCAGAAGUGAGAAGAAAUGGAGAAAGAUAGAGAAUCGAAGAAAGGGAGGAAGAGCGUGGUAACAUCAUCGAGAGGAACGCGUGACGCGAAGGGCGAAAAGGAAAGGGAUUUUCUGAAUGACUGAUACGGCGCGAUUCUAUGCAAGGCUGUGUGUAAAUGAAAAAUGAAGAAAAAAAGAAAGAAACGAAUGAAAGGAAACCAGAGAGAGGAAAAGUAGUGCCAAGAGCGUUAAUAAAAAAAAAAAACAAAAAGAUGAUAACGAUGAUGGUAAUGAAACAAUGUAAAUAUUAGGUUAGGUAGUUCAAUAUCGAUAUAAUUAUUACGACUAAAAAUGAUAUGCUCUAUAUACUUGAUUAAAAAGUAAUAAACCUUUACACCACGCAUAAACACGAGUUAGACGGGCCGUACGAAAUCGCCAUGGGACACGCGUUACGCUUUUCGACGAGGCCUCUGUGACAUUUCUUCUGGAUAUGAAAGAACAAAAGAAAGAAAGAAAGAAAGAAAGAAAAAAAAAGAAACGAAACGAAACAUAAUAUUUGACAAAAAAAGAAGAAAAUCGCUCUCGAGCAUCACGAUCGAUACUUCGAUUUCUGUGAUCGGGAAACAAAUGAAUAGAGAGGGCAAAAAAGAAAAAAUGACAAAGUACUAUACAUCUCUUUAUAUCGUGGUUGGCCAUCGACUUCGUCGAUUAUUCAAUUUCUUUCUUUUUUCUCUCCGCACGGAAAGAGGGAAGAGAACGGUUGAUCGAAGCUUUCGGGAUAUUUUUGAAAGAACAGAUCGCUAUUCACGUUUUAGUGAUUGGUAACGAGUGGAAGAUGAAAGAAUCGGAAUGGGAUGAUCGCGAAUCGUGGACAAAGAGGUUGUAAAGAGAUAAAAAAAAUUAGAAGAGAAAUCGAAGGGAGCAUCGCGAUGCUCGAAGAGUGUACUGCUACCGCGUCUCGCCGUGAUUCGAAUGGCUCGCACGAUGUCUGAUAUAAACGCUACUUUAUUAUUAUUCAGAUAGAUAAGGCUUCAGUUUUUCGAAAGAAAAGAAGAAAUGAAAAUAGGACGAGAUCUGCCUUGACGACGAACCGAGAGUCGACGACCGGCUUCGUUUCCCCGUUUUCUUUCAACUGCCACGAAAAAAAAAAAAAAAAACAAAUAAAAGUUUCCAUUUAGAUCGCCGUGGAGAUUGCCUCGAAAGAACGGUUAGGGUUUACGGUAACUUGUUUAGAUUUAGAUAUGCCUAAUGGUGCGUUAGGUGUAUCGUUAGACGAUUAACUAUUAACCUAUUAACCGGGGAAAACAAAGAAAGUUCACUCGUCAUUCAGAUUGCAAAUUUGUUGGAUAAAAUAACUCGUCUAUUUAGAUAUUAUUCUCCACGUGUCAUUUUUAUUAUUCAUCAUCAUCGCUCGUAUCAUUUUUAUUAAAAGUACGUUAUAGGAGAGAGAUGAAAAUCUGAAUAUGUUUUUAUCGAACUUUUUAUUUUAAUAUUUUAAUAUUUUAAUAUUUUAAUAUUUUAAUAUUUUAAUAUUUUAAUAUAGCAUAGAUAAACACGAAGAAAGUAAGCGUCUUUAAAAUAGCUAAUAGAUUGAUCAAGUUAACCCCAACUUGACCACAAUCAAGUUUUGUGAAAUACCAAAGGUAUAUCUAAUUAUUUAAAAAGCAAUAUUGUAAUGUAUUCGAUAGUUUGAUAUUAUGAAAAGAAAUACAUUUUAAAUUAAUUGAAUAAGAAAAUUAGGAAAAAGACACACGUUCGGUUUUAACGUUAGAUCUAUCGACAUUGAAAAAAAAAAUCUGACACUUAUCGUUUCGACUGAUUCGACAAUUUUACCGUUGAAAUCAAAUAGGAAGAUUAGCUCGCGAAAUUGUUUGAUAAAUUGACGAACGAGAACCGACUAAAGAUCGAUCAAAAUCAAAUAAAUUUUUCAAAAUUGUUACGAAUAAUUUCAUAGUAGACUAAUAAACUUCUACACAUUCGAAUAUGAGACCUAGGCCUUUUUUUCCUGUUCCAAAUAUUUUCCACCUACUAAAUUUCAAUACUGCUCCAUCUGUACAGAAAAUGAAAAAUGCUGACUUAUCGUAUUCUUCCUCUGUAACGUUCAUUUGCAACGACUAAAACUAGAGAUGGGACACUCGAUACCCCGAAAUUCUUCGAAACUCCAGACGAAUUUUGUUUCGACUAAUAAUAAUCCAAUUGAAUCAUAUUUAAAAUCCUUUAAACUCGUUUUAAUUCAUCGAUAAAUAAUUUGAUUUUCCGCGAAAAAUUGUCUAACUUCCUACCAAUUGUAAGAUAAAUAUUUCUUAGAGAUCAAAGAAAAAAAAAAUAAACAUUUCGAAUUUGGAGAGUCGCGAGAUCUCAGUUUUGACAAUUUUUCGGGGUCUUAAGGCCCAAAGCAAAUUCAUUCGAGUUUCGCUAUCUAAUCUGAACAUCAGAUUUUGACCCGCCUCUGACUAAGAUCCACCUGAACGAAAUCGACGCAUUUUUAUUAACCUUUCGUUUCGCGAUUAAACAAAUUUCUAAUCAACGGAGAACCCGGUUAACAGGUUAAUUGGGCGUGCCGUGGAGUACGCCAUCGACACAGUGUUCCUGAGAACCUUUUUCUCGAAAAAAGGCGGAAAGUUUGGUAAAGGGAAAAAGAGAAAGAGAUGGGGGAAAAAAAAAGAAAGAAAGAAAAUUAUUUUCUAUGCUCCCGGAUACCUGCACGUACCAAAUAGAUUUCUAUCGAUUUUGAAACUCAGUAUCGAAAUGAUUUUUUUACUCGAUAGCCAUGACAUUGUUAAUUUAAGAUAGACUUUCGUAAUCGUUAUAAUCGCUAAGACGAAAGUGACAUGGAAGCUUUAAGUGAGAGAGAGAGAGUGAAAUGGUAUGGCGAAUUUAGUGUUUUCCUACGAUCGAAAGAGACUCACGAGCGUAAUUUUUUACACACUUUGAUAUUUUUCUCGAAAUAAAGGGACAAAAGGGAAUACGUAAUGGAAAAAACUAAAGUAUGAAAGAAAAUAAUAGUAUUUUUAUUGAAAUUAUCUUUCAAACGUAGACAAUUGCGCAUCAGCUAACGCUAAUUUUCUCUUAUAAAAUAACGAUUCACCAGAAAGGCCUUCGACACCUCGACAAAGUACAAUCUUCUUACCAAAUACAAAAAUACAGUACCACCACGGCAAUCUGAUAGAAAUAAAACUAUAUUGGAAACUGAAAUUGUACGCGCGUGCAAUCUCAGUGCGUAAUAAUAAACUGAAUGGAUUCUCCAAGGAAAGGAGGAAUGAAAAAUGUAUAUUUGUAAAGGGAAUUUGUUAAACGCGAUAUUUGGCGUGUAGACGAGCAAAAUGGCGGUAUCGACUUCGGUUCUCGACCUCGGGACAGAGCGAAACUACUCAAGUAUCUCAUGAGAAGUCACCAAUUAUUGUAAUCCUUUAAAAAGAGAAAGAAAAAAAAAAAGGUAACCGUUUCGACGAAGGGGUAAAAUUGCAAACGAAUGAUCGACGGCUCUUUCCUUUCGAUUCUCGGCUCACGCAGGAAUCUCCUUUCUAAACUUUCCAAAUUUCUGAAACCGUAUCACAAGAAAAUUCGUCCAUUUUAUUCCCUGUAUGCUCGUUACUUCGAAUAUUCUAUCUAAAACGCUCUAUUUAUUAAUAUAUCUAUAUUAAUUAUAUUCCAUGUAUUUUUCAAACAUCGAGAUUGAAACGAACAUUCGAACGAUCCCGUCCCACGUGAAAUGAGAAUUGAAGAAAAGAAGCGAAUAACGAAACGAAAAAGAAACACCGUAGAAGAGGCACGUUUUAGGCGUCGAAUAUGUAUAGGUAAGCGUUGAAAUAAAAAAAAAAAAAAAAAGGAAGCGAAAAAGAAUGCAAAUGCCGAUGAAAGAAGCGUACACAGUCGGUCGGUCGGUCCUGUGUGUGCACACGUAUCAGACAUCGUUCUGCGUGUACGUGUGCGCACAGAUGAAAUCAGAAGUUGUUUGGAGAGAACCAAAAAACAAUGCCCGGGUAGUUUUACACACGACACUCGUGGUUUUUAAGCCGCGAACGGACGCAAGCUUUUUUCCAUCGUUAACGAAAAAAAAAAAGAAAAGAUUUAAAAAAAUAAAAAGAAAAAUGUGUUCACGCGCAUGCAAUAUUAGGUGAUGAAGAUUAAUCGUAUUUCUCUAUGUAAAGAAAGAAAGAAAGAUGAAACGUUAUUCGAAAAAAAGAAAAAAAAAAAAGGAAGAAAACGAGCGCGAACGAGUGAGAGCGUGAAGUUGAAGGAAAGAGAAAGAAGUGGGAACGAGAAACAGAUAAUCGGGAGACACGCGAAGAACGAACAACAGCGGACUAACGAGAGAAUAUACGGUCCCUCGCGAUUGAACGAGAGAGCAAUCGACGAGAAGACGCGACAGAAUGAUUGUACGUGUGCCUGAGUGUGUGUACAUGGACGUGUGAACAAGAGAAAGAGAAGCAGAGCGUGCAAGAAAUGGGAAAGGUACGAAAAGGUAUGACUAAAUCCAAAAAAAAAAAAAGGGUCUUGUGCAACUCUCGGUUAAAUUAAAACGAUUAAAAAAUAUUUAAAAAAAAAGAGAAAAAAAUAAUUGAGAGAGAAUAUUGUUAUUGAAUUAGAUCGAAUUUUUUAAGGGCCGUCGACGAAGCGGAGUUUUAGAUUAAAGAACGUUUAGGCGAAUUUGUGAUUUUUUGAUUUACGCGAAAGUAAGAAAGGAAGUUUGAUUAAUUGAACUUUAGCAUUCUUAAUAAUUAAUUCGAGGUGUGUGUAUCGUGGUGUCUUUUUAACCCAUUAAGCGUGAAAAUUGUGUUGACGAAACAUUUCAUUUGCAAUUUCUUCCCAUCGGUUUGUAUUAUCGCAAAUUGUUUUUAAUAUUAAUAAAUCAUUCGAUACGUUUAACGUCAACGUUUUGUAACGCUUGCGAUAUUAAUAUUUCGCCGACAUUAUCCUUUAUUUCGAUUUGAUCAUUUCAAAGGAAUACAGAAGAUUUAAGAAAAAUACGUUCGUCUUUAAUUUCAUAAAAAAAAAAAAGAACAAGCGAUUGUUUGAUGCUUAAUGGGUUAAUAAUUCGUUAUGGGACGCUCGAGCUUUCAUUAGGCGAUCCAGCUAGAGCGACGAGACCGAUCUAUCGUGGCCUUUCGCUGAAAAUCACCGGCAAUUAGGCUGUGUGGAACGACGACGGGCUAGCUAUCUUGUCGAUAUCGAAAAAGACGAAGGAAACGUUUUCCAUUUGCGCAGAUUGCUUUCUGGCAGCGUACUUUCGACAGAUUAGCUCGCUGGAUCGAUAAUCGAUACUCUGACGUUCACAGCAGCUAUUUAAUCGAAAAGUUACGGCUAUGGAUCGGUAAUAUCCCCUAAAAUCAUGGUCGUAUCUUCUUGAUAAUAAAUCGGUUAGAAUCAAUUAUACUUUAGGAAAAAUUUAGACGAAGAAUCUAUCUACAGUGGCUCAGGAAAGUAUUCGGCAACUUUCGUGCGUUAUAUUAUGUUUGUUACAUGAAACAUUUCCAAGUUUCAUUAACGCUGCAGCGUUGUAUAACUUUCGUAAAGGAAAGUAUAGUAAUAAUUGUUAUAGACGACGUUUAUUUUGGCUUGUGAGAGAGAAACUGGUGUUCCAUCGUUUUAAUCUUGAAAAUCGGCCUUAGGACAAUCUUGAGUAAACAUGGACAAAAUUCGUGAUCUGUAAGAUGAAACAGAAAGUUUAUCGAUACAACGGUCUAAAGUCUUGAAUAUUCCAAAAUCGACUGUCAGCUGAUAUUUAGCAGAGAUCUUCUUAUUCUUUUAUUUUAUCACCAUUCGUAAUUCUAUUUCCACUGUUUCACAUUGUAUGAACUAUUUGUACUCUUGAGGCACGUUCGUACAAUCUCGUUCACUCGUAAUUUCCAUUCUCACACAAUCACAGACUCAUCACACUCGUCCUCCUAUACUACGUUCAUACAUUGAUACGUAGGUUUAUAAGUAUAUGAUAUAAAUACUUAAAAAAGAUGUGAAAUAGCAAAGAAAGAAAGAUGCGUGGCACCAACUUAUUGGACGAUUUAUAUGCUAUGACCUUUAAAGAUCGUAAAAGGUUUCUAUAAGUGUUCAAAUAUAUGUAUAUAUAUACAAACUUUCAUGAGCCACUCUAUGUACUGAUUAGUCCGUGCUUAGAAAGGAAGUAAGGACAUUUUCUUAAAGAAAGAAAAAAUCUUAUAUGAAAGAAGCUAUUUUUGAGCGUCAAAGCGAACGAAAGCCCGUUCGUCUUCUCCUCACCGUCUCCGUGUACGUCUUCACGGAAGUUCAGGUUGAUCGACCAAACGAUAUCGCGCGUGUCCCAAAUUGAAUAUGUAUUUGAGCCAAGUUCAUCGACAACCUGGCCGCUUCCGGUCCAUCUAGUCAUGCUAAGCCAUGCGCGUCCUGUCGGACGAUGAAAUCGAUCUGUCGUCGUUUCAUCGAUUUUUUCCCGAAAAAUGGCGGGGAAUCCAUUUUACGUAGGCGCGAUUUGUGAUUAAACGAUGUGUUCGGAAAUUCUCGGACGAUCCACGUCCGUCAUUUUCUCUAGCGCGAGAAUUAUACAUAUUAUCGAAAUUCGACGUUAGAUUAUCGGUUAUUUCCUCGAAGAUGUAAUUAUUGUCGUAUUGUCGAUAAGAUUGGUGUGUCUAGUCUUAAAUACCACGGCGAGAAAUUUUGAGAUAUAGAUCGAUAUGGCGUCUCGGUGCUCCAUCUUGUUCUGUUUUCAUUGUUUCUGUAUUUCCCAAUUCUAUGAAACAUCGAGACAGCCAUUUCAUGUUUUUGAUCCGUGUCUCACCGUGGUAUAUAAUAAAUUAUGUCUUCUUCCUCUUUUUUCAUUUGUUUACGUUAUUAGGUAAUCAAAGUAAAAAAGAAAAAAAAUAUAAUAGAUCGAGAUACGGGAGAGUUAUAUUAUAAAUAAAUGCACACAGACCCGCAGACUGAUAUGGAUGCAAAUCUGAGAAUCAAAAUUUUCGACCGUCUCGUGGUUUCUCGGGGACGCAGUGUCUUAUGGGGCGGAUCUUUUGGUACUCGUUAGAAAUCGAGUGAAUGGAAAGUUUAUGGUCUUGAAUAGGGAGAAUUUAAAGAUCAUGGGUUGGAAAAAUUAAUUAAUAUCUUUGGUAGGAACAAAGGUACCAAAAGAAAAAAAAAGGAGAUGCGUGCGUGCGUGCGUGCGUGCGUGUAAAGAGAGAAUGGAAACACGUGCAACUGGAAGAUUAAGGAACUAAUUAAAAAAAAAAGACGUAACAGGAAAAAAAGAACCACACUAGCCAACGUAUGUCAUUUGAAUCGAAUAAUCAUCGUUUCGUUGUCGUGAUGUACGAGCAGGAGAGAGAGAGAAAAAGAGAAUAUGCGAGUGGGAAAUUGGAGAAUCUUUUUUCAAGGUAAUCGAUCGAUGUUGUAGAAACAGUGUCAUUUAAAGUAGUAGAUCGCUUCUACCAAAAAAAAAAUAAAUGAAUAAAUAAAUAAAAAUAAGAGUAAAGUAAAAAUAACAUAAAAUAAAAACGAGUCAUCUCGAAGAAAAAA